AUGGAAGCGGUAGCGAAACCCUCGUCGACACGCUCACAGCAGGUGCUUUCGGUGCAGAGUCAGCAGCAAAUUGCGAUUGAAAUUAUCAGCGAAUCACCGAUUGCCCCGCACCAGCAGCAACAGCCAGCACCACACCAACAGCUGCAACAUCAGGAGCUGCAAGCGCACACUCUGCUGCAACAAUGUCAGCAGCAACAGCAGCAACAGUCAGCAGUUCCCCAGCCCAACGUCGACAUUGUGUUGCGCGAAUCGACCCGUAGCAAUUUGGUCAGCCGAAAAAAACCCUCCUCCGGCGAUGGCAAGAAGGGUUCGGGCCAUAAGAGCAAGGACGAUCAGAAGGGUGAAGGCAAGUCGGUGUACCGGAAAUUCUUCAAGCGCAUCAAAACCAUCCUGGACGGUGCGGAUCCGGACGCCAGUAGCAAACCGGAAGCGGAGGAUUUACCCGUGCCGGCCCGCUACUAUCCGGACUCGCUGGUCGAACUGACGCGGACGGCCCGCUUUACCGAGGAAGAGAUCAAGCGAAUAUACCGCGGCUUCAAGGCCGAAUGUCCGACCGGCAUCGUGAAGGAGGAAACAUUCAAGGGCAUCUAUUCACAGUUCUUCCCGCUCGGUGCGAGCAGCGGUCAGUACGCUCACUACGUCUUCAAUUCCAUCGAUCUGGACCGGAAUGGCUCAUUAAGCUUUGAGGAAUUCGUCGCCAACCUGUCGAUUCUGCUGCGAGGUACCGUCGAUGAGAAGCUGCAGUGGACAUUCUCGCUGUACGACAUCAACGGAGACGGAUGCAUCACCAAGGAAGAGAUGAAGGAAAUCGUCACUGCGAUCUACGAGCUGAUGGGUAAGGUACCGGAAGGAUGCGAGGAGGAACAAGCAAUCAAGGAUAAGGUCGAACGGCUGUUUGAGAAAAUGGAUCGCAACUGCGACGGCAAGAUAACGCUGGACGAGUUCAUUGAGUGCUGCACGAAGGACGAAAGCAUCCGCCGAUCGAUAGCCGUAUUUGACACCAUCUUCUAAGGACGCAUAUCCACAACAUUUCCUAGCGUGUUCCGCAACGUUCCAUCUGGCAGCAUUCGCUUUAUUUUGUUUGUGUCCACACCACACAAGUCCAAAUUGCGGCUAGAGGCACGGACACACUACUCAUCUCGAUGUCUGGCCGAUUUGGGGACUAUCGUGUGGUAGUACGUUUUAUGGGUGUCUUAUCUCACAGCAAAUCACAACGAAAUGAAACUAUUGGACGUGGAAAGCUUGUGCUCUAAUUCUGGCACUCGAAAGAAUAUGUCACCCUGCAACAAAAAAAAAAACACCGAACAAUACAGUGUAUUGAGCUGGCUAAAGUAGUAGACGAACAGGGUCUAACACAACACACGAUUAUCAUUGCACAUGCACAUUAUCUACAAACUGUUUAAUGUUGAAACUUUUAUCGGCAGAUUCUAGCUCUUGUUACAUUGGUUAGAAAAGCGAACAUUACUGCACAUUACUUUCAAAACAUUAACAUCCUUGCAGUUCCUGCUAGAAAACUUUUCGGAUUGUGGAAGGAUAAAAGUUUGCAAUUUAAAAUCGGAAGAAAGAGGAGAACGAACACAUUGGAUGCACAUAAAAAAUCCCAUAAAAUUCUCCUGUUCGUGUUUAAUUAAAAACGUGAUAUUGUUGUUGUAAUGCUAAAUAUGCUCCUCUAUUAAAGAUUCCACCUCAACUCUGGAUGCAUUCGCACAAAUGCGAGGAGUCGGUUCUUGAAACACGAAGUAAAUUCGUUAUUUGCAUCGGAUGUACGCUUCAACUGCUGCAACUUCACUUCGUUUAAACAAAACUAAUGUAGAGAGCCUACCAGUACCUAAGAAAACACUCAAACAAACUCAAAAUUGUAUCCUAUGAAAGUAUAAUGGCACAUUGCUGCUUUAACAUCCACUUACAGCUUUGUUUACUAUCUCCGUUUCAAAAGGCUUACAGCUCCCUGCUGACAUGUCUGUUAAUGGCUUAAGGCACAACAUAAAACACUCCGAUUCCGAUAGGCAUUAUAGAGAAAGAGACACAGUGAGAGAGAGAAAAAGAGAGAAAAAGAGAGAGAGAGAAAGUAGCGUAUAGGAAAAAGAGACACGACAUGGAAGUCUUCGCUUCCAAACAGGAAGCCUAAAGCUGCUAACACAUUUAAAAAUGUUGAUCCUUUACUACCAAUUAGCCGGGUACGUAGCAUCCCGGGUGCGACCAGUUGUUGUUCCAUAUCUAAACUCUUCCAAGUUACUAUAGUUCUUAUAUUUAUAAAAACAGAAUCGUGCGCGACUGCAAGGCACGCACCUUCACGUCCGUCGUCGUUCCAUUGUUUCUUGACGUUCUAUAUUCUAUACAUAUAUCGGAUAAAAACACAAUCUUUAUUGAUAGUCAUUCUAACUCCUGCUUUUAUGGAGAUAAUGUUACGAACUCCCGCUAUCCUUAUUACCCAUUGCAACUACCUUGCCUAGACCUACACCUAGAUGUUGUGAUUGGCUGUUAUCAGGACCUGUUACCCGACCCGGAACGGUUGCAUGUUUCGCGCUUUUCCAAAAGGAGGUGCUUUCUGUACGGCUGGCGUUCUGCCAACUUAAUCUUGUUUUUUUGUUUGUUUUGUUGUCUCGACAAGGUUGCUCGCACUGGAAGCAACAUCUCACCUGCGAUUUACGAUUGGUUUGAAGAUUGAAUAAUGUCGUCCUACACCUGCGUGUGUGAAUUGUUAUCGUACGCUCAGUUUUAAAACGAGUAAACCAUGUGCGGUUCAGGGUAAUUUUAUUGACAAAAGUUUUUUAUUUGUAUUUAUUACGUACGAAGAAACAAAAAAAGCAUGUGGCAGAAGAGUGAGACAUGAACGGGGAACGGGAAAACAAAAGCAAACGCGUAUGCGGGCGCAACAUUUUACACCCUUUGUUAUGGCUUUUCCCAAGGAAAAGCAUUAAGCGGCGGCAAGGCAGCGAGAAAAUAUUGAUAGAACCGAGUUUACAGGAAAUCGAAUGAUACAAUUGAACAUUAUCCAAACGAAAAAAACAAAAAAAAACAAAGAAAAAGAAGACCGAAAGGCGUAACAGACGAUUGUUGUUAUUUAUUCAAUAAAACAAUACACA